UGGUCGUAGCCGGGUGCUUGACUUCUGACUUUCGAUUUUUAAUGUCUAAGUUGUCAUAACUUAUUAUACAGAAGUUCAAGGGUCUAGAUAUACUUAGUCUGGUAGCAGUUUGAACUUUCUUUAGAAUAAAUGCUCUAGUUGCCGCUUGGAAUUUUAAAGCUGCUCGCAAUGAUACGCUUUAAGUUUGAUUCUAUUUCAUCUCUAAUUAUGACGUAGGAGAACAUUAGUUAACAGUGUGAGAAAUAUAUGUUAAAAAAUUUGCAUCUUAGGAUUUACAAAUUCUUAUUUUAUCCUCAUUUAAGUAUUUUUUCGUUGGCUUAUUUCUUUUCUUUGGUUCCAAAUAGCUUUUGUACUUUAAUAUUGUGGUACUUCAACGCUUUUGUGAAUUUAGGAAUUAAGUCUUUUUAUUCGGUUUUUCACCGGACUAAAAAAUUGCAGUGAUAUUUCAUAUUAAAACAUUAAUUCUUGAAUUCUGAAGAAAUACUUUGAAACUUACGGGUUUAAUAAUUACUUUUUAAAAUGAUUCGAGGGUAUACUGAUACAUUUGAUACUUUAAGAUCGUCCAAAUACGGAGAUAGGGCAGUGGAAUCUAGAAAUACAUUUUUCAAAGUUUUACGAGCUAUUCAAAUAACGGUACUAGUGAUUGGAACGAUUAUGUUUCUUGCUUGGUGUGGCAGCUAUUUUAUUGAAGAUACUCGGACUAGUGUUUCUUCAUAUAGAGUUGCAGAAAGACAAAUAGCUGGUGAAGAAUCAGACGAGGAAACGUAUAAUAUGGAAUCAGGAAUGCUUCCGGAUCACUUAAUCCCUCUUCAUUAUAAUCUAACAUUACAACUCUUCAUGCCACCAACAUAUAAUUUUACCACGAAAGGAAAUACUCAAAUUCUUUUUGAAUGUAUGAAAAAAACAAAGCUUAUCAUUCUUCACUCCCGGGAUCUAAACAUUAGCCAAAUAAACCUUUCUUCAAUAGAUGAUUCAAAAGAGAAAAAUUCUACUUACAAAAUAGAUCCGUCUUCUGUGCCUCAGAAACAACUGAUGUUGGCACUUCUAGACAAACCAUUGGAACCAAAGACGAAAUAUUUGCUGGAUAUUUCUUUCACUGGUACAAUCAAUAAUAACUCUGUUGGUUUGUAUAGAAGUAGUUAUUCGGCAGACAACUCUACUGUCAGCUGGAUUGCAUCAACACAAUUUCAGCCUAGUGACGCAAGAAGAGUUUUUCCUUGUUUUGACGAGCCUGGCUAUAAAGCAACAUUCCAACUCAACCUAGUUCAUGAUAAAAAAGCUGUUGCUUUAUCUAAUAUGCCAAUUCGGGAAAAAAUAACUAUUGAUGAUGAAUGGGAAAUAACUUCUUUUGAAGAGACGCCAAGAAUGUCAAGUUAUCUGCUUUCCUUUGUUGUUGGAGACAUUGCAUCAAAUACAGAAAACAGAACAAAUAAGAUUCAAAUUUGGAGUCGUAAGGAUAUGGUUUCCUAUGGAGAUUUUGCUCUAUCGAUAGCCCCCAAAAUCUUACAGUUCUUAGAAGACUACAUUGAAGUUCGCUUCACUUUGCCAAAAUUAGACCUCGUUGCCAUUCCUAGCUUUUUACAUGCAGCUAUGGAAAAUUGGGGUCUUGUAACGUUUGAUGAGUCUGCGUUGCUAUAUGAUCCAAUGAAAUCAUCAACUGAAAAUAAAGUAGCCGUAACUUUAACUAUAGCUCAUGAAUUUGCUCAUCAGUGGUUUGGUAAUCUUGUGACUCCUGCUUGGUGGGAUAAUUUAUGGCUAAACGAAGGAUUUGCUACUUACUAUGAAUAUCUUGGCAUCCAAUCCUUUUUGUCUAAAUGGAAUAUUAUGCAUCUAUUUAUUUCAUCUGUCUAUGAAGUGAUGGAAACAGAUAGCUUAUUGACUACUCGAGCAAUGGGUGCUCCUGUACAUCCUGACCAAGUUCUGGAGUAUUUUGACUCUAUAUCAUAUUUAAAGGGUGGUGCCAUUGUGAGAAUGUUGCAACAUUUUAUUGGAGAAGAUGGUUUUAAAAGAGGCAUAAAGAAUUAUCUUUCGAAAUAUUCAUACAAAAGCUCCAACGAAAAUAACUUGUGGCAGAACUUGAAUCUUUGGAACAGAAAUAAAUAUGGCAUAAGACAAAUAAUGACUACAUGGACUAAUCAAUCUGGCUAUCCUGUUAUUAAUAUAAUAAGGAAUUAUGAAAACAAAUCAGCAGUUAUAACUCAAGAGCCAUUUAGUUUAGAAUAUGAAGAAGAUGAUGACGAAAGAGCCGAAAAGAAGAAUAGCAGCAGCCUUUGGACUGUGCCUUUAACAUUUACCAAUGGAAUUGAACUAGAUUGGUCAACUGGGACAGACAUGUGGUUGAAUAAGAUAUCAGGUGAGUACUCAGAUUUUCCUGAUAAUGAUACUUGGAUCAUUGCUAAUUUGCAACAAGUUGGAUUCUACCGUGUCAAUUACGAUGAUUCGAAUUGGGAAUUGUUGCUUCAGCAACUUCUUGAAAACCAUACGGAUAUACACGUCAUCAAUAGAGCGCAAUUGCUGAACGAUGCUUUGAAUUUAGCUAGAUCUGACAGAAUUGAAUACUCAUUGGCUCUGAAUAUGACUAAAUAUCUAUAUUUAGAAGAGGAGUUCUUACCAUGGCAAGCAGCUUUCUCUGCUUUUAAUUACCUUGAUCUUAUGUUGGCUAAAACUCCCGGUCAUGAAGCUUGGAAGGUUUACCUUUUGACAUUAAUGACGCCAAUUUACAAAGAAUUUGGUUGGAAUUCGAAAAUCGAUGAAGAUGAUAUACUUGCAAGGUUCUUAAGGAAAAAAAUUCUAAAAUGGAAUUGUGAAUAUGAAAAUGAGGAUUGUAUUAAAGCAGCUUUAACUUUGUUUCGUCAAUGGAAAAAUGGAUCCACGGAAAAUGAAACAAUUUCAGCAGAUGUCAGGGAAGUUGUAUUGUGCACUGGAAUCGCUAAAGGAAAUACUGACGAUUGGGAAUUCAUGUGGAAACACUAUCAAGACGAAAAUUUCAAACCGGAAAAGAACAUAUUGCUAAAAUCGCUAGCCUGCACUAGAGAAACGAGACUUUUGAGAAAGCUUCUUAAAAGAGCGAUGAAUUCUGAAUCAGGUAUACCUUUGCAAGAUGGAAGUGAUGUAUUCAUUUAUAUAGCUGAAAACUUUUAUGGCAGAGAUAUUGUUUAUGAUUUUUUCAAAAAUCAUAUGGAUGAAAUAUCAUUCAGGUUCGGUUCCUUUGCUUUUGCCGGUGGCAAUAUUGUAGAUCGAGUAACAGCAUCUUUAAAUAGUGAAAAUGAAAUAGAAGAACUUCAAAGUAUCUUAAAAGGAAGAUAUUCAUCUUUACAAGGAAUUCGUCACGCUUUGAGUAAAGCUCUUCAUAGAUCAAAAAAUAACGCAAACUGGAUGAAAGAGAAAUAUAAUGAUAUUUAUACAUGGUUACAAGAUAACUCUAUUCAGGAGACUUAUAUAUCUAUAUGAAUAAGAACUGCGUUCUUCUAAUAACAUAAGUAACUUUUUUUCUCUGCAUAUAAUUUAUUCUUCAUUUUGUUUGUCAUUAUUUCUGUGAUUUUUGUGCAUUUGCCAAAAGAAUUGCAAUGAACUGUUGAAAGUUUAAAAAAGAAAUGGCUUAAAAAGCAAAAGGUUUUUCGAGGCGUUUUUUAAUAAUGAAACGAAAAUAAUGUUUGUGCUGUUUAAAUUGUUGAAAUAUAAUUUCUUCUUUAUUAUAA